AUGCAGAAGAAGCUAAUAGGCAUGAAGAAAUUAAGGAGCUGGCAGAAAGAAUAUAUUUUCCUUUUUUUCUUUUUUUUUCUUUUUUUGUUGCAGAACCCCACUCAGCUUCCCUAUGGAAAAGCUCUUUAUGCUUACGAAGGGAAAGAACCUGGUGACCUCAAAUUUAACAAAGGAGACCUUAUUAUACUACGCCGAAAAGUAGAUGAGAAUUGGUAUCAUGGGGAACUGAAUGGAAAUCAUGGUUUUUUCCCAGCAAGCUACAUCCAGUGUAUCAAGCCUCUUCCACCAGCUCCACCGCAAGGGAAAGCACUUUAUGACUUUGAAAUAAAGGACAAAGAUCAAGACAAAGACUGUUUGACUUUCACCAAGGAUGAAAUUUUGACUGUCAUCAGGAGAGUAGAUGAUAAUUGGGCAGAAGGAAUGCUGGGAGAUAAAAUUGGAAUAUUCCCUAUUCUGUAUGUGGAGCUCAACGAAUCAGCUAAGCAGCUUAUUGAGAUGGACAAGACCAAUGUAGCUGCUGCAUCUGGCAGCGAUGUCCCUUUGCCAGCUGACACUAACCUGGCCAUAAGCACAGCCCAGUGCUGUACCCUGAACAGUGCCGGAGCAGUCAGUGCCAUUCAGCGGCACAUUGAUGGCAAGAAGAAUGCCAAGAAGCGCCACUCCUUCACUGCGCUCAGUAUGACCCACAAAACCUCCCAGGCCAUGAGUAACAAUAGGCAUUCCAUGGAGAUUAGCGCCCCGGUCCUGAUAAGUUCAAGCGACCCCCGUGCUGCAGCCAGAAUUGGAGAUGUGGCUCAUCUCUCCACCAGUGCGCCAGUCCAGGAUUCUACUUCAGCUGGAUCUGCAACCAUGGCUGGACACAGAACAAGUGCAAUUGUUGGAGAUCAAGGAACACCACCAAAGGUCCAGCUACCACUCAAUAUUUAUUUGGCAUUAUAUGCAUACAAACCCCAGAAGACAGAUGAACUAGAGCUACGUAAGGGUGAAAUGUAUCGUGUUAUCGAGAAGUGUCAGGAUGGCUGGUUCAAAGGGACAUCCUUGAGAAAUGGCAUGUGCGGAGUCUUUCCAGGCAAUUACGUUACUCCUGUUUCCAGGGUCCCUGCAGCAACUAACCAGCCCCGGAAUUUAACAGGAGGUUCUCCAACAGCAAAAGGCUCCCCUCGAGAUGCUCAGCCAGGAGGCUCAGCUCUUACCAGUUCUGCUCCUGUGGCCAGACCAGCGGUUCCAAUCACAACCCCUCCCUCUCAGACCCAGCUGCCAGCAGGCUCCCCACAGAUGAAUAACUGCAUGAGGUACUCUUCUCAGCACACCGUUGCCCAGCCUCGCAGUUCUGUGCAAAUAGUUGUGCACAAUUCUGUGCAGGCACAGGAUCGCCCCACAGCCACAGUCUCACCUCUGAGAACUCAGAAUUCUCCGUCUCGCCUCCCAGCAACUGUGAUCAGGUCACACUCAGUGGUUUCUCCACAGCAUGUCCAUCACUCUCCUGUGCAUGUCAUCCCUGGAGCACAAUGCGCCAGACCUGUUAUUCCUCUCACUUCAGCAGCAGCAGCAAUUACUCCUCCCAACGUCACUGCAGUCAAUCUGAAUGGAGAAGCUGGAAAUGGGCCCAUCAGUAGCUUGGUGACUUGUAGCCCAACCAACACAGCUUGCAAAACAGAAGAAAGGAAAAAUGAAAAGAAAGAAAAGAAGAGUGGACUCUUAAAACUUCUAGCAGGAGCAUCAACAAAAAAGAAACCCCGCUCUCCUCCCUCGGUGUCUCCAACACACGACCCAAUGGCAAUAGUGGAAGGGAUGCUACAAGGUGCAAUGGGACCAGAGCUGUCCUCUCUCUCUAGCCAUGGGAGGGCAGGAUCGUGCCCUAUAGAAAGUGAAAUGCAAGGAGCAAUGGAGAUGGAACCUCUGCACAGAAAGACGGGGUCUUUGGAUUUGAAUUUUUCUAUUCCUUCUCCCAUAAGGCAACUGCCCCCUUCAGUGGCAACCAGCCACCCAGAAGCUAAGCCGUUGUCUCGAGAAAGAUACCGAGUUGUGGUCCCGUAUCCCCCGCAAAGUGAAGCUGAGAUUGAACUGAAGGAGGGUGACAUUGUGUUUGUCCACAAGAAAAGGGAAGAUGGUUGGUACAAAGGGACGUUACAGCGGAAUGGCAGGUCAGGCCUCUUCCCCGGCAGCUUCGUGGAGAGCUUUUGAAGGCUUGGGUCCUGGACUUGAGGGACCUCCUGGAGGAAGUGCCAGAGCACAAAAUCAUAUAAAGCAGCAGCAAAGGGAAACUUUCCUAAUGUCCACUAGCGGAGAGAGCCGUGAUUAUGAUUUCCAAAGGCUCUCAGCUCUUCGAUUGACCACCUGGGGAACAAGGGGGCUUGCACCGCUUUCAAACCCACAUUCAGUGCAUACAGCAGUAUGUUGGAGUCGUGCCUUCUACGUGGAACAGAUCAGAAAUGGAGAGGACACACGUUAAAAUCCAGCCAGUAUACUUUGUGUAAAUGAUAGAGAAACUAUGUUUGAAAAAGAAAAGAAACUUGUUCUAUUGCUGUAAUUUAUUUCUCUGAGCUGCAGUGUUCUUAUUGCUGGCCGAGGGAAGAGAAAGAGGGAUGGCAUUUCAGAAGGGAGCCAGAGGAUGCUUGGAAUCAUAGACCUGUUUUCUCUCCUCUAAAUAAAGGGCAUAGACAAAAAAUAUUGCUCACCUAGAAAGAACCAGAAGCCCAAAAUAUUUAUUUCCAUGUAUACCUCAAAAAUACGCUAUUCCAUGUCCUCAUGAUGGCAUUCCCAGCCUGCCACCACAGCCCAAAGUUGGCUUCAGUUGACUUGGUUUGGAGGUGGUGGUUUCCUCCUCUUCUCAGCCCAAAAGGUCCCAGGCUGACAAUCCAGGGCGCUGUGGGGUCGGCGCCGUCAGAGGCAGCGUUCAGCUCCAGUUGGCCCAGCAGACCCGCUGCAGGAAUGGCCUCUCCUCACCUGGGCAUGGUACCAGCUCCAUGGCCAUUUUGGCUUCAGUUGUAGGAGAGGCCAGACAUCUUGCAAGUGCAGCCUCUUCCUUUUUCUCUGGGUUGUAGAGGCUGGACAUAGGAACGGGUCUUCUGGGGGGUGGAUAUUUCCAUGUCCAAACCCCAAAACCCUAAAAAGCCUCGGAGCUAACAGGACAGAGGGGUUGUGGAGGGAUUGUUUGCUUUCCCAAAAGUAGAAAGCUCUAGAAGAAGGUGAGCAAGAAGGCUCAGGAGACAAAGAGGGCUGCAGGCAACCGGGAAGCUCUGGCUUACCCCUGGCAAGGCCAUCACAGGUCUGGGAGCUGAGCCACUUUUUGCCAUGCCUGGCUGAUUCGGGGGCCUCCUGGGCUGGGCAUCAAAUGCCCUUUUUGCCAUGGGGGGCAUGUCGCCUGGAAGCAAGAGCAGGCAGCCGAAUUGACUACAUAGCCAGAGAAUUGGCUAUGUAUGGAAUGUGGGAAUUCUCAGAUAUUGGAGAGAAUAUGGCCCAGAGCAUUCAGGGCUGGAGCCGGGACUUCUGCCAGUGGAAGGCAGCCUCCCACCUCCUUGGGACUGACUGGCUGCUUGUCCUUCACUUUGGCCUGUUGGUCCUUGCCUGUGCAGUCUAGGGAAGGGUGGCGACUCUGUGUGCAGGGGAAAUUGGGGUGGUGGUGGGGCAGGAAAGCUGCUAGUCUAAGGGAGUGACGAGCUGGAGGGUGAAGGGCCCAGCCCAAAUGAUCCAGCCCACCCAGUCCAGCUGUCAACAGCAGAAACUCAGAGCAGCAUGAACAGGGCAAGAGACCCUUCUGGGAGAAGGUUCUGGGACUGGAAGGACAGGUUCUUUUGGCCAGCAAGGCCCAUAAAGGGCAGGCAGAGGGAAGCACUUUUCUCUCCCACCUGCUGUCUCACCCAGGGCUUGACUGCUUGGAAAGCAGAUUCAAGCAGGAGCUGCCUCCUGACAGCCAUAGAUCUUUGAAUCACAGCUCCCAUGUUUCCCUUCUCUUGGCUGUGCUUGCUGGGGAUAAUGGACCCAGGCUACCAGCUGGGCUCCAGCCUGCCUCUACUUCUGGUUCCCCAGAGAACCUGUGUAGAAACCCCUCUCCCCCAUAGUUCACAAGUGGGGAGUGCUUAGUGGGGAAGAAGCAAAAGCCUUGGGCCACAGCUUUCAAACACCCUGGCCGUUCUUGCCACAAGAACAUCAAGGACUUGAUCUCCCAUCGAUAUUCCCACUGCCUCACUUGGACAGCUGUUGACACUGGGAAAUCAUUCUUAAAGAAGAUCAAUAGAUCCUGCAGAAAGGGGGAAAAAAAUCAGAGGAGCAUGUUAGGGAGUACUGAAGUCCCCAAUUCUGCCUCAGUCACAUUCAGGAGAGAGAUUGUGGUUGGACUUCCCGCUCGUGGGAGAGGUCAACAGGACGAGGGAAAGGGUGACAGGGAAUCCACCAACAGCUGCACUGAAACUAGUCCAUAGUACAGAUGGGAAGGACAGCAAACUGCCCUGCCCUGAGGUAUUAGCAAAGCCCACUUGAGCUCAGUGUAUUUUUCUGCUGCUCUAGGGAAGGGAAGAAAGCUCAUGAAAGUGGCUGGCUGGUUAAGCUCAAAGAAAUUAAGUAUCUGCUGCCUUGCAGAGAAUUCUGUUCUCAGGAUCUUCCAGGGCUCCCCGACGCCUUCUGUGUGUAAUGGACAGUAUGUGACCAGCCCGUGUCAAAGCCCCUCCCCUUCCCCACAUUAAAAAUACAGCUAAGAGACCCCCAGUAUCGAACUGAUGCUCAACAGUUCUAUACUUUUUCAUUUGUUCUGAAGUCCUUUUUUGGCUCCCUUUUUAAUAUUCAACUUCAAUUGUUGCUUUAUUUUAUCAGGAUUUCAGACAGGAGGACUUUUUGUACGAUAUAUUUUGCUAAGGUAAGAAAGGUUACCCUCUUGGUAUUCCUUAUAGGUAAAGGACUUCCUGCUUUGCAAAUAGGAAGCAUUCUUUAGAAUUCAUUUAAAAGAAACCAAUUAGGAAAUUAUCGCUGUAGAGGUAAUUGUUAACUCUGGUAAACUCGCAAAAAAAAAGAUCUUUACCCUGAAGCUAAUUUCAGCCUAGGAUGUUAAUGCCCCAAUUAAAAGAAAAAUACACCACUCAGCAAUUAUUCAUUUGUACCAGUAUAGGGAAUUAGUGGCCCUCCAGAUGUCCUGCAGAUGUUGGUGAAUUACAGUUUUUAACAUCUCUCACUAUUGGAGCUGCUUCCUAAGUGUUGUAGUUCAACAUCUGCACGGCCAUGGGCUCAUCAUUCCUGAUAAACACAGACAAGCAAAGUGUUGCCUUGGUAAGUACACCAUGAGUUUUGUGAUUCAGGUUUCUUAAUGAAGACUUAAUGAAGCUUCUGGGUGCACCUUGACUUGUUUCGAGCAUGAGAAAAAUACCUGCUCUUUAUGCAGAAGAGAAUCCCUGGAUUCUAAUCAAUGUAAUGGGGGAACAUGCCAAAACUAGGGCAAGAUGCCAGAUUUUUUAGUUAGCUCCAAAGAAAGAAGAGUGGAAGGAAAGCGGCCGCUAAUCACUUCAGUAAACACAGCAAGAAAUCACGUUGUGCUAUGAUAAAUAAAAAUAGUCCAUAGAGGGCAGAGGGAACCUCUGGUCCAUAGUGCCAAUAAAAUUCAUCCAUGGCAAACAAAAAUCUGGCAAGGCCUUGCCUCUAGCCUCUGUUGCAAUCUGCUUCCCACACCCAUCGUGGCUGCACUGCCAGGAACAGGCUAAAGUUAGGGAGGGCUGUGCUUUGGAUCCAAAGCUAAAAGGGGCUCCAGAGCAGGUCUGGGUGUUCUCACUGCCCCUGUCGAUGCCUCCUUGAAGAAGGUGUCUCUUCCGGGCUCGCAUAAUACCAGGAAAACAUGCAUUAAGCUAAGGGGUCCAAAAGAUCAAGAUGGUAGAUGCAACAACACAAUCAAAGCUCCACACUUUUGUACAUGAGUCAACAUAGCGCACCUGUAUAAAGACUUCAGUGAGACAAUUGCAUGCACCUUCUUGCAGAUGCUUCGGUAAGGAGGCAUUGACAGCACAACUAUGCCUUCUCCAAAGCAUCUUGUCACACACUCUUAGCACCUUCUGAACUCAAAACACACAUUUUUGUGGACUCUCAUGGCUACCAUGCAAGUUGGUGAAGAUGCAGCUUCUUUAAGGGGUCACCAAGAGGUGGGCAUUCCAAAGGGCCUUUUUGCCCCUAUUGGGACCCAAGCACAUCUUGCUGCUCUGAUCAGAUUAGGAGCUUUUUCUCCCCAACAAAACUUUAACAUUAUCAACUGAGACUGCUAACAGCUGCAGAGGAGGAGAGACACAGGAUAUUGCUGGAGAAGAACCUGUCUCCCCAGUGAUCUUGAUCCAUUUUGGGGAAUCACCAUUUCAGGCUGCAAUCAGGUUUCAAAAAGGGUGUCCAUUGUUUGCUAAUGGAGGCUGUUUAAAAAUUCUAGUUACAAUUCAAGGGAGGAAUUUCAGAGGAAGAGAUUGGCUGUCAAACAUUGCCACUCCUCUUUAAAUAUCAUUCCUCCAAGUUACAGUGAGACUUUAAAAUUCUUUCCAUAGGUCAGGUGUUGGUGAAGACUAUUUUGAAGCCUCUCCUAUUACAGUGGAGAACCAUUUCUGGAGGGAUAGGAGUACAGUUCCAGGAAAGGCAAUUGGUUGCAUCUGCACAAUAGUUGCCCACCCAUUUUAGGAUCAGCUGUGUCUGUAUCAGUUUGGCCAGUGGGGUUUCUUCUGCCCGAUAAAUACUUGUUUCCCAUGUCUUCUGCAAAACCACAUCAUGAGGUUUAGAAGAAAAUACCUUGUAUACACAGUCAUAUCUGGAUUCAGCCUAUUCUUUGCUGAAAGAACAUCUGUUCAUAAACUCAAAUUCCAACCAUUUUAUUACUCCGUGUAUUUUGUAUCACUUCUAGGAGUUAAUGUCAGAUUCUGGAAGAUCAAACAUUUUGGAGCUGGUAAUGCAUAAUCAAAUGGGCGGGAAAGUCUUCUGGGAUACUGCUAAAUACCGUGAGGUCCAUCUCUCCUACAGUAAUAUGUCAAAAGUCUCUUCAAAGUAUGGUAUUCCAUCUAGACAGAUGAUCAUUCCAGGAGAUUGGGGAGCUUUUCCAGGACAAUUCAUUUUAAUUGGCUUCUACUUGGCAAUAAAAAGAACACUGCAGACUCCCAUAAGCACAGAGCAUUGGAAUUUUUCUUACACUCUGUUUUACCAUCACAGAAAAAGAUAACAUAUGACUUGUUGUUGUAGAAAUGUACCGUUCUAAAUACUGUUUAGUUUUGUAACCUGGGUCAAGUGACAAAAUCAGGCAACAGAAGCUUCCUGCAACCAGAAACCUAAAGGUGCAAUAAAUAAGAAGCCAAAAAAUAAACCUACAAGUUGGCUGGUGACAUUGCUAACAUUUUUUAGCAGAUUGAGGAAUAUUUUUAGUAGUGUCUGUGCUCAGCCUCAUUCAGAUGUCAGAGACAUCUCCCAAAAUAUUCUCGGUAAUUGAAAUGGAUGGCUUUGUCCUGCUUAAAGUAUGUCCUUUGUGUCAUACGAUACCUGAUGAAUACCAGAGAUACAGACCAUUAUCCCUCCAAAAUGUAAGGUCAUUAUAUUUGGCUCUACAUAUUUUUAAUGUUGCCAAACCGCAAACUAAUUGAAACAGCAAGCAAGCAUUUGCCUACUACAAACAGAUUUCUGAUGACAUCCAUCUUUGGACAAAAGCUCAUGUAUUUGGGGGCUGAUCUGUUGGCUGUAUGGUAGUGGGUGGCCAGCUGAUAGUUGAAAUGGAAAUGUGCAAAUAAUUAUUUUACAAAAAUAAAAACCCAGAAGCAAGAACGUAAUGCUUAUAUACUGAAGUACCCUACAGGUCUCCCUGCUUUAAAAAAAAAAGCCAAAAAAAUCUAAAGAGAACAAGCAGAGCAAAGCAAGUAAGUUCAACAAUUUCUCAGCUAUUUUUCUUAUUUUCCCUUUUUUGUACUGUGCACUACACCUUUAUGUAGCCAGAGUUGCAGGUGGGACAGUCUAAAGUUUUAGCAGGGUAUUCCAGCCUUCCUAAAAUGAGAGGUCCUAACUAGGGUGCGUGCUGUUUUCAGCUAUCAUUCAUGUCUUUCAAUCCCUACCUUUUGGAGUUAAAAAAAUACCAUCCAGCACAUGAUUGCUCUGAGGAAUGUAGCAAUAGUGUUACUCUCUCCCUUUCUCUCUUUCUUUUGGUCCAGGUGAAGAAAACAGUCUGGGAUUUGAUUCUUCUAGGUUUCCUUUGCAAUGAUGGAACCAACCUCCCAGGUCCCAACCUGAAACCCUCACUGUGGGUAGGACAUUCCACGCAUGGAGCACUUCCAAUGCAUCUCUACUCAUUGCUCAAAUAAUUCCCAAGAUCCAGCCAAAGCAAACCAUUUUUAAAUCCCUUUGUUUUUAGUGGCAUAUAGUUUCCAUAUGCUUAAUUUCCCCAUCAAACUUUAAAAGAUCUUAGAGAAAAUUAGACAUUACAAACAUUCAGGCAAGAGUUCAAAAAAAAAAAAAAGCUGGAAAGGAAAUUUAAAGGGGGCAAAUGGAAGGAGAUAGUAAUGUAAGUUUUUCCUUAUGUUCUGUUAAAUCAUAAUACUCUCAACUGCUAUGUGGGACUUCAGCCACAUUUUUGCAUGAGUUUUAGACCCUCAGUGGGGUGGGAACUCCCUCAGAUAGCAAUUGUAGUGAAGAAACAAUGGGAUAACCACUUCUUCUCCAACAACUUUGCUGCACAAUAUCCUACACACAUACACCCUAAAGUGUUUCUUUCUUUCUUAAUGCCUGGGAUACUUUAAAGCUGUAAGCUACAUUAGCAGUGUUGCAGAAAUUAAUUGGGAGGAGAAAGCUUACCUAAUCCCAAAAGAACAGCCAUGGCGAGCAGGAUGAGUAAGAAAUAUAUUGACCUGAAGGCAAACUGAGAGCUAUUACUUGCCACCCACAGAUUCAGAAUGCUCUCCACCUCACACAACUCUGCUUAAUGUUGUCCUUUUGCUGGACACAUUCCCAAAGUACCAGGCUCAAAUUGACCUAUGGGAUCUAUUUAGGGUCUAGAAAUUUCCCUGGAAAUCUCAUUGGUACCAAACAGCUAGCAACCAGGGUUUUGCUUUCCACAUACCAGAUUCCCAUGUUAAAAUUAAAAUCUCAUCAAGUUGGGUGCGCCUGAAGAGCUGGAGUACCGGAAGUGAUGUUGGAAGGGCCCUGUAUUUGUGAACAUCACCUUUCCUAGCUUUGUUGCCUGGAAAGUCAGUUUUAAGUUUGUGGGGAAUAUGAAAGGCAAUUUGUGAUACAGAAACUGGCAGUAGGUUGCUAUUCAGUGGGAGGGCACACCCAUUCCCCCUUAAUAUGGACAAAGGCUUGCCUGCUGCUAAAAUAACUCUGGCUUGGUAAACAUGAGGCCAAAUUUAUCUCAAGCUGGCUUCCUUCCUAUGCUCAGAAUGUAAAAUUGCAGAGGUUCUUGGUUCUCAUACUUUU